GCUGGCAAGUUUUACAGCAAGAUAACUGAUAACUUUGAGAAUAGGGUGUAAGCUUAAGGUUUUAAUUUUUAGAUUUUUACUGGUGUAUACUUGUAUACUACUGUUAAUAAUGGCGGACGAAGAAACUGCGAAAAUAAAGAAGAUGCUAGAAGCAACAUUUGAAACCGGUUUCAAAGAGCUAGCGAAGUAUGCAGAUGACUUGCCUGAUUAUAAACCAAUAGUCGAUUACUUCGUUACGAGCAUAUUUGAGAGAAAAGUAACAGAAUGGAAAGGUUACAAAAUGUCCGGGCAAGGUUUUUCAUGCGAUACAAUAAAGUGGGUCUAUGAAAAUUGGACGCCCUGGAAGGAUGACGUCAUUGUCGCGUCAUUUCCUAAAACAGGUACGACAUGGGUGCGAAACAUAGUGGCUCACUUGUACUACAGAGAUAAUAAAACUUUAAUGGAAAUGGUUAAGCCAAUGGCAAUGCCGCAUAUUUACCUUGAAACUGGAAUACCUUUAAAAUUUGAAAUUCUUGAAAAGUUGCCAUGGAAGCGACGAAUCUUUGCGACCCAUGUUUCUGCACCCUUGUUUAACUUUGAAAAAGUUAAAUCAGCUGGAGCUAAGGUGAUAUACACGAUUCGUAACCCGAAAGAUCAAGUGGUAUCUUGGUACAACAUGAUGCAAAAUUUUCCUUUCCAAGCGACCGAUGUAAAUGCGCAAAAAUGUAUCCAAAAGAUUGGAACGCGUUUUUCGAGGCGGCAGUGUCUGGUUCACAAUUAUUGGGAAAUAAAGAAGGGGAGUGGUACAUGGAGAAUAUACUGUCUUGGUAUCCGCAUCGAAACGACGAUAACGUCUUGUUUGUUAUCUACGAGGACUUGAAACGGGAUCCGACAAAGGAAAUUAAAAGAAUAGCCAAGUUCCUUGGAACUGAAUAUUCAGAUGAAGUUCUUUCAGAAAUUGUUGAAGCAACAUCGUUCGGGAGCAUGAAGAAAAAUGCCAACACCACCGAAGAAUUUGUAAAGUUUUUCCGCAAAGGCGAAGUUGGGGAUUGGAAAAAUCAUCUUACAGUUGCCCAAUCGGAACUAAUCGACGCCAUCGUAAAAGAGAAGCUGGCAGACACUGAUAUUGAAUUUACAUACGAACUGUAGCAACUUGCAAUAAGACAAUAUGUUAAAACGGUGCUGUAAAUGAUACAGUGUUAAUCUAUUUUUGUAUAAUUCGUUUCGGUACGAAAUAAGGCGCCAAAUAAAUUCUAUGCAUUAUUA